UGUGUGAUGUCUUGGCUGCAUUGAUUGAAGUGCUGUAAGUGGGCGCAGAGAGAGUGAGAGAGGGACCUGAGGUGCGAAGUAACUGUAGUGUGUGUGUCUGUCUCAUGCACAUGAAGCGGUGGCUGGAAUCCUUCUCACUCUCACUCCUCUCUGCUGUCACUGAGGAGCUCUUCCGAGCGGCCGCCGCUUUUUAUCGAUAUCCACGCUACAAAGCCUCAGCAGAGUGAGGACACCACACCAGACCCACGCCUCCUUCCCUCUUUCAAGAGCUGUAACUUUUCCUCUCCCAUCCCCUUUUUCUCCCUACCACCACAUCUCCCUACUGCACCCUCCCCAACACACACACACACACACACACACACACACCCUCACCUACCACCACACCCAAAAAAAUUGCUACUUUUUCGCCUCCUGCCUUUUAUUGGUCUGCAUGAAAACACCGAAAAUUAAAGUCAAAACUCUGGAAAGUCCCAACCGGCGUCAGAAGCGGUCAGAGCCAUGCCGAGAAGAAAACAGCAGGCGCCGCGACGGUCGGCAGCAUACGUCCCCGAAGAGGAACUGAAGGCAGCUGACUUGAGCAAGGACCUGCCCGAGGAUGAGCUGCCUGCGGCGGGGGAGCAGGACUGCGAGUUCCAUUGCCCCAAGGAGGAAGAAGAGAGCAAAGAGGCGGCCAGCUGCCAGAACUCACCAGCCAGCAUGACAGCCAAUCCUGAGCCGGGCAGUAGGUCGCCUGUCAGCGACGCCAGCGACCAGCUGGCAGAUUUGCGGAGCGUCUCGUCCAAGGACGGGCAGGAGCGGGAGGAGGGGCUGGCCGAGGACAGGCUGCCGGCGUCACGGGACAGCCUGGCGCAGAUGAAGGCGGCCUACUCCAACCUGCUGAGCAGCUCCUACUGGACCAGCCUGGGCCUGGACCUGAAGACGGCCAACCAGGCCAGUGGCAGUGGCAGCAGCAACGGCAGCAGUCACAACGGCAGCGGCGGAGGUGUGGGCUACGACUGGCACCAGGCCGCUCUGGCCAAGACGCUGCAGCAGACCUCCUAUGGAAUCAUCCCCGAACCCAGCCUGUUCAGCACCGUGCAGCUGUAUAGGCAGCAGAACAAACUGUUUGGGUCGGUGUUCACCGGCGCCAGCAAGUUCCGCUGCAAGGACUGUAGCUCGGCCUACGACACCCUGGUAGAGCUGACUGUGCACAUGAACGAGACCGGCCACUACCGCGAUGACAACCGCGAUCGGGACCCCGACAACCCCCGCAAGUGGUCCAAGCCCAGGAAACGCUCCCUCAUGGAGAUGGAGGGCAAGGAGGACGCCCAGAAGGUCCUCAAGUGCAUGUACUGUGGCCACUCCUUCGAGUCCCUGCAGGACCUCAGCGUUCACAUGAUCAAGACCAAGCACUAUCAGAAGGUGCCCCUCAAGGAGCCUGUGCCGGCCUUGGCCUCCAAGCUUCUGCCUCCCAACAAGAGGAGGGCACCUCAGGAACCUCCGCCCUGCUCUCCAGAGUCUGCCCCAAAUCCCUCAGGCCUGUCUGCUGGAGAGUCGGCCUCAGCCCAGAAAGCGGCCAAUCCUUACGUGACUCCUAACAACCGCUACGGCUACCAGAAUGGCGCCAGCUACACCUGGCAGUUCGAGGCCCGCAAGGCGCAGAUCCUCAAGUGCAUGGAGUGCGGGAGCUCCCACGACACCUUGCAGCAGCUGACGGCGCACAUGAUGGUGACUGGGCACUUCCUCAAGGUCACCAACUCCGCCUCAAAGAAGGGCAAGCAGCUGGUGUUCGACGCGGUGGCCGAGGAGAAGAUCCAGUCCAUUCCCUUGCCCCCCUCCACCCCGGCACGGCUGGUGGCACCCACUGCCCAAGCCAAGCCUGAAACCUCGCCACCGCCGCUGGCUGACGAGGGGAAGGAGCAGGAAGAAGAGCCGGCAGAGGAGGACGAGAAGGAGAGGGAGAUAAAGGAGGAGAGGGAUGAUCAUGAUGAAAAGUUUGAAUCCACUUCCCAGUACCAGUAUCUGCGGGAGGAAGAUUUGGAUGAGAGUCCUAAAGGCGGUAUUGAUAUCCUGAAGUCUCUGGAGAACACGGUCACCUCCGCCAUCAACAAAGCCCAGAAUGGCGCUCCCACGUGGGGAGGCUAUCCAAGCAUUCAUGCUGCUUAUCAGCUCUCAGGAGCGAUCAGACCCUUUCAAACAACAGGGCAGAACGCCCAAUCAACCCCGUUCUACACCAACAACCUGAAGGCCCCAUCUUCCGAGCAUCUCGCUGUCGUGGAGCCCUCAGAGUGCCAGUCACCGCCGCCUCAGAAGAGCAAUGUCCAUGCCAUGGAAGAGCUGGUGGAGAAGGUCACGGGCAAAAUGACCAUCAAGGCAGAAGAGAAGGCUGUGGAGAAAGAGCAGGCAGCCGCUCCCAGAAUCAAGGCUGCCUGCGGCUCCUCAUCCCCAGCUGUGAGGGACUCACCCAGGGCCGAAGACAGUGACGUUUCAAUCCAACCAUUGAGAAACAGCGAUGGCCAGGAGGUGAAAGUGAAGAAGGAGACCAAUUUGGAUGGCUCUUUCCCAAAUGGGACGGAGUGUUUUAGGUCAACGGUCAGCAAUGGCUGUAACAGUAUGGCAAUUAUCACUGACCAGUCACCUGAGUCGCCAUUUGUCAAUCCGCUCAGUGCUCUCCAGUCAAUUAUGAACACACACUUGGGCAAGGCAGCCAAGCCCCUAAGUCCCAGUCUUGACCCCUUGGCCAUGCUGUACAAAAUCAGCAACAGUGUGCUGGACAAGCCCAUCUUCCCUGCCACUCAGGUCAAGCAGGCGGACAUUGUGGACCGGUACUACUAUGAAAAUAAUGAUCAGCCAAUAGACUUAACCAAAUCGAAAAGCAACAAGAAGCUCAUUUCAGCCAUGACGGAAACGAUUCUCUCCACAUCACGGGAAAAUGCGCUGUUGGACAUCUCUGACAUGGUGAAGAACCUCACGGGACGGCUGACGCCCAAGUCGUCAACCCCCUCUACGGUGUCGGAGAAGUCGGAAGCCGAUGCCAGCAGCUUCGAGGAAACCUUGGAGGAUGUCUCUCCCGUCCAGAAAAGGAAGGGCAGGCAGUCUAACUGGAACCCCCAACACCUCCUGAUGCUGCAAGCUCAAUUUGCAGCCAGCUUACGGGAGUCUUCCGAAGGCAAAUACAUCAUGUCGGACUUAAACCUCCACGAGCGGGUACACAUUUCAAAGUUCACUGGCCUCUCCAUGACCACGAUAAGCCAUUGGCUAGCCAACGUCAAAUAUCAGUUAAGAAGGACAGGUGGAACGAAAUUCCUGAAGAACUUAGACACGGGUCACCCGGUUUUCUUCUGUAAUGAUUGUGCCUCACAGUUUAGGACUCCUUCCAGCUACAUAGCUCACCUGGAGACUCACCUGGGGUUUUCUAUGAAGGAUCUCUCCAAGUUAUCGGUAGAGCAGCUUCGCGAGCAGCAGGCGGUUUCUAAGGUGAUACCAAAUAGGUCCGUGAACUCAGUUGGGAUGUCCGAGGAGGAUGUAAACUCGACAUUCCAGUGUAAAAUGUGCAACAGGACAUUUGUAAGCAAACAUGCGGUCAAAUUGCACCUUAGCAAAACACAUGGCAAGUCUCCAGAGGACCAUCUGUUAUAUGUAACUGAGUUUGAGAAACAGUAGUAUCCAGAAAGAAGAUACGGAACAAGCUUCUUUGAGAUUGUGCCCACUUUGUGGCCUGUCCUCCUGAUGUCCUCUGCUUGCCCCUCAGUCAUGCAUCACUCUUUCUGUCACAUUGAACUCCAGAUGCUCCUACCCCAGAGAAAUGUUCUGACUCCAGCAAUUCUUCUUCAUUCUCACUAACAAUUUGGUAAUGAAAUAUUGAUUUUUAGUUAGAUUCAUAUUGAUGCUAUUAGGUUUGCAUCGAUAAAUCAUGUUGGGCUCCUCUACGAACAGAUAUAGAGCGCUGUACUGAACUCUGGAGAUUACGUCCAAGUACACUGAUGUUUUAAUUUGAUGGAUCUUUCACCAUUAGAGGGGUAAGAGUGUGUGUCAGGAGACAGGGGGUAGGAGAAGCAAGGUGAUAAUAAGAGAGGAAGAUGUUAUUUUCCCCCAUGUUUUUCUCCUGUGUUUUUUUUAAAACUAAGCACCUACGUUGACAUAUUCAUUGAUGGGAGAAUGCAAAUAAAUUAGGAGCUGCACCGGCUAAUCUGCUCAGAGUGAAGGUGAUGCUCGCAAGGCAGGGAAGGACAUGGUCCUCCUUAUCUGAGCGUGCUCUGGACUCCUUGUAUGUGUCUGCAAUCUCAGGGCUUGUGUGACCUUUUUCCACACCCCCUCCCCCUUCUCAAUACGGAAAGGAACAUGGAUGAAUGCAAAACAGCUGCUCUGUACAACGACAUGUCUGCAUCAACAGCCAGACGGGCGGCCAGUCUUCACCGGAAAAUGAGCAGCAUUGAUGGUGGAUCUUAACUCAUUACCAUUGUGUAGGGUCAAGUACCCCAGGACUGUAAGGAGUGGAUCAACGGAUAUAUAAGUGUCAGCAAAGAAGACUGAUCGUGUACGUUAAAGUGUUCAAUCUGCUGGACAGGACCGGCUGUUCUUCACCCCUCCCAAGUCAGGGAUGCACAGAAUCCUGGAAGUUUACAAAUAUGUUAGGAUACUUAUUCAAUGAGCCUAAGCCUAAAACAACAUUCUAUAUGUCUGCAUAGAAAGGAAUUGCACAUACCAGAUCAUCCUUUCAUCCUUGAAUCCUGCUUGCCUGCCCAUCGUUCAUUCCACUAGGCAUUGGAGGCAGCAGACGUUUAGUAGGGACUGUGUGUGUGGGGGGGUUGUUGCAGGUAAGGUUACUGCAUAGCCCUGAAUAGCCCUGCCCCUCUUGUAUCCAGACUCUAACAAGCUGUCAAUCUUCCCCUGCACCGUCACACAAGGCUGAGGAUUUAUGACGAGCAAUCUAUCAAGGAUUUAUGUUUGGGAGGGGAAGAGAAUGGAUUCAAGAAUGUGGUGGGUGGGGAAGAUUGAAGCUCUGAUUGGAUUAACAAGGCAAUUUUGAGGAUUGUUAUGGCAAGUUACAUAUGCAGACCAACUCACUGUCAGUACCUCGAAGAAACUAUAAGAUAAUCUAGACAUUAAGACACAUUGAAUCCAUCAUGCACUGAAUAUAAAGUUCUGCAGUAUUAGUUCUCUAUUAUAAUAUGGUAGGUCCUCACAACCCAUAGUUUCAGAAGAUCACCAGCACUCCUGUGAUCUUUGGCCUUCUUGGCUGCUACUUCAACCAAUAGAACAUACCUAUUUAUUUUCCACCAUUUAAUCUUUCCUCUCAGCUGAAUUUCUUUCAACAGUUUAGUUAAGGCCUUGUUGAUUCGAUACCGCACAGAAACAGACCCUUCAGCAUAGCUCACCCAUAUCGACCAAGGUCCAUCCCGUCUAAGCUCGUCCCAUUUGCCUGCAUUUCACCCACAUAUCUCUAGCCUUUCCUAUCCAUUGACCUGUCCAAGUACCUUUUAAAUGUUGUUAUUGAACCUGCCUCAACUAUUUCCACUGCCUUCCAUUCCAUAAAGGUCUCACCCUUUGCAUUAGAAAGUUCCCUGUCAGGUCCCUAUUAAAUCUUCCCUCUCUCAGCUUUUACCAAUGUCCUUGAUACCCCAAUCCUGGGAAGAAGACUGUGUGCAUUACCCCUAUCUAGGCCUCUCAUGAAGUUAUACAUCUCUGUAAAGUCUCCUAAACUACAAUAAAUAAAGUCUUGUUCUGCCCAACUUCUCCCUGUAAAGUAUUCCUUAGAGUCCUGGUAAAAUCCUCGCAAAUCUUUUGUGCUCUUUUCAUCUUAAUGACAUCUUUCCUGCAACAGGGUGACGGAAACUGAGCACAGUACUGCCAAGUGCAGCCUCACCAACAUCCCGUACAAUUGUCAAAUGCCUCUCCCACUUUGGCAUGCAACCGAGCAUUUCAAAGUAAGUGGCACUCAAUAAGUCAGGGUCAGCACACCGGGCUUCCAUAAAUAAGUGGAGGAUGUGUGUGUGCACAGGCCAUGUUGUACACAGGCUUCAGGUGAAUAGGAGGUCUCAUCUCUGAGGAGUGACUGCUUUGUGUCAGCAGUAAAUAGUAGGUGUUUCCUCCUUUCCUGGGCUGUCUUGCCCCUAGCUGAACUGGGACAAUAAUAUCUAUAGUUUCCCUCCAAGGCAUCGAUUCAUUCUCUUGCGGAAGUUGGCCAAAGCUUCUCCAUAACUCACCCUGGAAGGCUUCCUAACAAUGUGUGCGGGCUUGAAGUGGAAAGAAGAGACGGCAGAACCGUCAAACAUUUCAGGCGUACCAUUCUGGGGUAAUGAAGCGUGCCUGCAAAAAAUACCCAUACAAAACUUGAUAAAGAUGAGCUGACACACCAGUCCAAAUAGGUUCUUUUGUGUGUCUGCACACAUCUGUCCAUCAAGUUUUCCAUCAGGAUAGACAAGUAGCAAUAAUAGGAGCAACUGCAGGGAUGGGAAAGGAUAAAAGGGAAGGUAACAAUUAAAAUUAUCUCUGUACUUCAUUGAAACUGAAUCAAAACUGUAAGACUGACAAGUUCAUCUUUUGAAUCUUUUGUUUUAGCCCCAGUACAGUAAAACUCUGAUAACCUAGCGUCCCGAUUGUUUGGCAUCAGGCUCACUUAUGAGUCCAGGAUAUGAAUGGGAGGACCCAGUGUCUAGUUGGGAUCAGCGGCUGGAGCUGGGAUUACAGUGAGUGAUGGGAUAAGGAUAGGGGCUGUGGCCCAGAUCCAUUAUUUGGAUGUUCAAAACACCAGAGGUUAGGAAUUUGAGCAGGAUAGUUGCAGGAGAUAGAGUCCAGAGUGCCUGUAUAUAUACAUAUUUUUUUCCCUUUAAGCUUAUUGGGCUUGCCUGAAGAUGUAUUACACUAGUAAUACAUGUUAAAAAAGUGCUUUGGGGUAUUAUUGGAGUAAUGUUCUAUAGUCCAGAAAAUCUGCCUGUAAGAUACCAUCAAAAUCCUGAGUGUGCUAGACUAUUGGAGUUUAACUUGUAUAAACUUAUUUAAUCACCUGAUCACCUGUCUUUAAUGGCAUGUUUCAAAGACGGAAACAGGUUUACACAAGUGAUAAAAACACGAUACUGACCUGCAAAGUGAACUCAGCAAAGUGCUUGUAUCCUGACUCGCCAAUAUGUCCUGGAUGCCAAACUAUGUCAGAACCGGGAUGGAGGGAGCUUCAUGUGGUAUCUGAGUUAAAUAAGACUGCCACCCUGCUAUUUCUAACACAUUCCUGGCCUAUCUCCCCUCUCAAUGAUAAGAAUAAUUAACCAGUCUGUAUUUUAUAUUCACCCACUUACCAUGCGACUAAGAGUGUCUGCUAGUAGUAUUCGAUUCUCUUUCACCUCACGGCUGACCCUCUUCCCAUUUUAGAUCUUAAGGGUAGCAGAGAUCCUUGUUACCCUCUCCCUACCAGGGCAUGUUGUAUAUUUACCCUCACUACCACGAUGCAAUGGUAUCUGCUGUAUAUAUGUUCAGGUACAAGACGUGUUUCCUUACUUGAUCUUUUUAGUUUAUAUAAAAAAAGUUGAAGAAAUGUAAUGCUGCACUGCCCCUUUCUGGGAAGACAUGUACAUAUGUAAAAUAUUUAAAUGUGAUAACUUAAAACACUGAUUGUAGAUUCUACUGUGUUUAAAUUUUACCCAUUGUUGGUACACACAUCACUCUCGUCCCUUUGCAAGUGCACAGUACUUCCUUGCUAUCUUACUGACUGCUUUGUAUAUUUCCCCUGAACUCACAACUUUAAACUUCUGCCACAUUAGUGAGACCAACUCUUUUUUAAAAUAAAAUAAAAUCUGAGACUUUUUUGAAGCCAGCUGGAUUCCUCUGAUGGUGACGGAAUAUGUGGAUGCGUCUUAAUAACCCGUGCACUUAUUUAUUAAAAUUAACAAGAGAAAACAAAUCAUUUGUAUGAUAAAAAUAUAUAUUUAGAUUUUCCAAGCACAACACUGAGAAAAUGAAAAAAAAAACAAUGUCUCUUUUUAUGUUUCAUAAAGAUGUUACUACCAUUAUGGAUCUUUUUUGCAAUAACAGGCUUA